CUAAACAUAUGCCCGAUAAAAACAACCAGUUGUGAUAUUUCCAAGCAGAAAUUCAUUCAGUAUCAAGUCUCAGAAGCGGAACGAAGUGUCGCAGUUGAAUUCAUUUCAGUUAGUCGGAGUUAAGACCAGGAGUUACUCCAGCAAUCCAGAAUAUCAAUAAUGGAUUCCGAGAAAAGUCAUCCACCAUCCUAUGAUCAACUUCAUGACUCUACACCGUCCGCCUAUCCCCAUCGAACCAUUCCUACCAUAUACAGUAAUGUUGAACAAUCACCACCCAUUCCAUCCACGACAACAGUCAUCGUAACGAACUCUCAAGUCGGUCCGGAUCCUACCACGUUGACGUGCCCGUCCUGUCGAGCAACCAUCGUAACUCGGUUGGAGUACGAAACGACCACUCGAACCCACGUGUGCGCUGCCCUGUUAUGUUUAUUUAUUUGUUGGCCCUGCGUUUGCAUACCCUACUGUUCGACAUCGUGCCGGGAUGCCAACCAUUACUGCCCCAACUGCGGUUCGUUUAUUGGAACUUAUCGAAAGUAGAAGCUUACCGACCUGCUGCAACGACUUUUGGAAGACGAAAAGCUCCACCGUGGGAGGGAGCUUUAGCUGCGUAACGAGACGAAAAGUAUUAGUACGUGUUUAGUGUGUAGCCGUAACGACAACGGAAUGUCCCACGACGUUACGCGUCAAGUGGAUUUUUCUGUUAGUGUAUGCGAUUGUAGUUGAUGAUUAGGAAACUUGUUUUUGAUUUAGUCCCCUGCUGGGGCUGAUGCAACCACGAUUUCACCCGGGCAAAGUAACGUGGGCGGUAAGGGUGAGGCCGGUACUGCUAGUGCUACGCCAGUGCUUUCCAAAUAGCGGACGGCCGUGAGCAUAAAUUAAUUUUUACCUAAAUGUGUUAGAGAGCGUACAACUACUAAAGGCCUUGUUUUAGUUGACAGUAUUGUUGCGUGUUCAGUUGGAGUAUUUGCGAAGUGCCUCUUGAAAUUGCUUCUUGCUAUUAUUUGGGUAUCCCUACAGACACACGCAGCAAUCGUUCAUGAACAAAUAUGUAUCCAUUAAGCAACAUCGGUUACCUUCAACGCGCAAUUAUGUGCCCAGGGAAAUUUCAAUAAACUUUUAACGACUUUCAUUUAGCCAGAUAAUUUUAGUUUACCUUUAUACGAGCUUAGAUAGGUUUGUUAUGAUUAAACAACAUUCUUUUGAAAAUAUUUGUUCAAUUUAUUCAUAUUACUAUUUCUUUAUUCUAAUCAAAAAAACUUAGAAGUUCAUGUAUUGAAAAUGGAUGGAAAAUACGACUUAUUGCACUAAUCGUCGACUUACAACUCAAUCGUCAACAUUUCUCGAACUAGACAGAAUUGUAUAUUCAAGGUAUUACAAAGUAAAAAUUCUUUGAUAAUAAAUAUAGCUCACUAAAAUAUUUCUAUAUACCGCUAGUUUGUUACCAAGA